AUGUUUCCAAACAAUUGUAACUCUUCCAACGAAAAACGUGGAUCUAUCUUUGUAUCUGGUACAGAUGGUGAUAAAGGCGUUAUCCUUGUUCAGCAAUUAUUGCAACUUCCUGAACAAUACAAACAUUUGACUCAUAAAACGGUCUACGCUGGAUUACCUGACAGUACGACUCCAAGAGCAAGAUCACUCGAAGGUUUAGGCGCUAAAGUUGUUGCAUUUGAUGUCCUUAAUGACCACAAGGCCGCAUUCAAGGCUCUAUCAAAUGUGUCUAAGCUUUGCUUAUUAAUUGAUCCUUUGAGUGAAAGAAUGCAACGAUCCAAUGCUUAUCUAUUUGGAAAAGCACUAAAUCUGAUCCUUCCUCAUAGUUUCAUUGAUGCUGCUAAGGACGCUCAAGUGGAGCAUGUCAUUUUUCUGACCCCUUUCACUCCUUUAGAUCCUGUGAAGAGUAUCACAGUGAACAAACAGAAACAUUAUAGCGAUGACACCACACAUACAUUGCCUUAUAAUUCCUAUCGCACUCAAUUUAUGCUUAUUGAGUCUUAUCUUCAGUCCCAGUUUGAUCAUAAUCGAAUUACUAUUUUAAGAUAUCCCGGUUUGCUUCAUCAACAUCUGCUGGUCUUCAGUAAAUACAUUGCUCAGCACAAUGCUUUUCCAUUACCUCAUCAACAUUUAGAAAUUACUGUUGAAUCCUGUAACAUGAUAGAUAUUGCUCGUGCCACAGCUUUCGUCGCUCAUUCGCCUACUUUGCGCCACAGCAAGAAUACUUACAAGAUCUCGUCCGGUUUAUUAACUCUAGAAGAAAUGAGUCAUCGAGUGUUAAUAGGUGGCUUGCAAAAGCGUAAUUGUACCAUUAACACUAUGGAUAUGAUUGAAUUGCAAAAAAUCUUAUCAGAAAGCGUUGGGAACGAAGACCAUGCUAUGUUUUUGAUGGAAAUGUGGGGCUUGCCUGUCGUUCAUAAUUAUAACAGUUGCGGCAGUAGAAGAUUAGAAAUGACGCGCGAUUUAGAAGCGCUCACGGGACAAAGCGGGAAAACUUUGAACGAAUACUUUGAAGAAGAUGGUGUACGUGAUGCUUUCUUAUCUCAUCAUUCUGUUACUGCUGCUACGGCUUCUGUUGUAACCAAUCCGAAUAGUUCUCAAAAUGAAAGUUCUGCUGCUACAGUUAUUCGCACUUAA